AUGGCCCCGGCCCUGCUGGCGCUGCUGCUGCUGCCGCUCGCCUGCCCCGGCUCCUGGGGCCAGCAGAGGAGGAUCGGGGCCCUGCAGACCCCAAAUCCCAACGGGAGGGAACAGCGGGGAUCCCUCCCUGGCUGGGCUCGGGAGCUCAUCCCGAUCCUGCAGCAUUCCUGGUUUCCCCUGGAGCUCAUCCUGACCCUGCAGCAUUCCCGAUUUCCCCUGGAGCUCAUCCCGAUCCUGCAGCAUUCCCAAUUUAUCCUGGAGCUCAUCCUGACCCUGCAGCAUUCCCGAUUUAUCCUGGAGCUCAUCCCGAUCCUGCAGCAUUCCCAAUUUAUCCUGGAGCUCAUCCUGACCCUGCAGCAUUCCCGAUUUCCCCUGGAGCUCAUCCUGAUCCUGCAGCAUUCCCAAUUUCCCCUGGAGCUCAUCCCGAUCCUGCAGCAUUCCCAAUUUCCCCUGGAGCUCAUCCUGACCCUGCAGCAUUCCCGGUUUCCCCUGGAGCUCAUCCCGACCCUGCAGCAUUCCCGAUUUUCCCUGGAGCUCAUCCCGACCCUGCAGCAUUCCCAAUUUAUCCUGGAGCUCAUCCUGAUCCUGCAGCAUUCCCGGUUUCCCCUGCAGCUCAUCCCGAUCCUGCAGCAUUCCCAAUUUAUCCUGGAGCUCAUCCUGACCCUGCAGCAUUCCCGGUUUCCCCUGGAGCUCAUCCCGAUCCUGCAGCAUUCCCAAUUUCCCCUGGAGCUCAUCCCGAUCCUGCAGCAUUCCCAAUUUAUCCUGGAGCUCAUCCUGAUCCUGCAGAAUUCCCAAUUUCCCCUGGAGCUCAUCCUGACCCUCCAGAAUUCCCAAUUUAUCCUGGAGCUCAUCCUGAUCCUGCAGCAUUCCCGAUUUCCCCUGGAGCUCAUCCUGAUCCUGCAGCAUUCCCGGUUUCCCCUGGAGAGGAUCCUGAUCCUGCAGAAUUCCCAAUUUAUCCUGGAGCUCAUCCUGACCCUGCAGCAUUCCCAAUUUAUCCUGGAGCUCAUCCUGACCCUGCAGCAUUCCCGGUUUCCCCUGGAGCUCAUCCUGACCCUGCAGCAUUCCCAAUUUCCCCUGGAGCUCAUCCUGACCCUGCAGCAUUCCCGGUUUCCCCUGGAGCUCAUCCUGACCCUGCAGCAUUCCCGGUUUCCCCUGGAGAGGAUCCCAACCCUCCAGAAUUCCAAAUUUAUCCUGGAGCAGCUCCUGACCCUCCAGAAUUCCCAAUUUAUCCUGGAGCAGCUCCUGACCCUCCAGCAUUCCCGGUUUCCCCUGGAGCUCCCCCUGCAGCAUUCCCGGUUUUCCCUGGCUGAGCCCCCCUGUCCUUUGUGUCCCCAAGAUCCCAGCCGGCCCUUCCCAAGCGCCGCCGCCCGCAGGGAGCCCGCCCUGAGCCGCGGCAUUCCCGGGAAUGCCCUGGGAGCAGGAGGAGGAGAAGUUGGGCCAGAAAUGCUGCAAGAAAUGAGGGAAACCAACCGGGUGCUGCUGGAAGUUCGGGAUUUGUUGAAGCAGCAGAUCAAGGAGAUCACGUUCCUGAAGAACACGGUCAUGGAGUGCGAUGCCUGCGGGGCAAAUCCCAGCCUGGAGCAGUCAGGCCUGGUGAUCCCAGUCAGGCCUGGUCACCACGGCAUGCGGCCGGAGGUGACCGGCCCUGUGGUCACCGUGACCCAGUUCAGCCGCUGUGUGCCCAACCCCUGCUUCCCGGGCGUGCCCUGCACCGAGAGCGGCGGCGGCUUCCGCUGCGGGCCCUGCCCCGCCGGCUACUCCGGCAACGGCACCCACUGCUCCGACAUCAACGAGUGCAAUGCCAACCCCUGCUUCCCGAAAGUCCAGUGCAUUAACACCAACCCCGGCUUCCGCUGCGACCCCUGCCCGCCCGGCUUCACCGGGCAGCUGCUGGAAGGGGUGGGAAUGGCCUUUGCCAGGGCCAACAAGCAGGUGUGCACCGACAUCAACGAGUGUGAGACUGGAGCUGCCAGGAAUUGUGUCCCAAACUCCAUCUGCAUCAACACUCGGGGAUCCUACAAGUGCGGGGCCUGCAAGCCGGGCUUUGUGGGGGAUCAGAUCAGCGGCUGCCGGAGCCCCACGGCGACCGGGGCUCGGCGCUGCCCCAACGGCGAGAUCAGCCCGUGCCACGAGAAAGCCGAGUGCAUUGUGGAGAGGGACGGCUCGCUGUCCUGCCAGUGCCUCGUGGGCUGGGCAGGGAACGGCUACGUGUGCGGCAAGGACACGGACAUCGACGGCGUCCCCGACGAGAAGCAGCGCUGCUCCGACAAGAACUGCCGCAAGGACAACUGCGUGACCGUGCCCAACUCGGGCCAGGAGGACGCGGACCGGGACGGCAUCGGGGACGCCUGCGACGACGACGCCGACGGGGACGGGAUCCCCAACGCCGAGGACAACUGCGUGUACACCAGGAACACGGACCAGCGCAACGCCGACAAGGACAACUUCGGGGACGCGUGUGACAACUGCCGGCAGGUGAAGAACAACGACCAGAGGGACAUCGAUGGCGACGGCAGGGGCGACGAGUGCGACGAGGACAUGGACGGGGACGGGAUCAAGAACACCGUGGACAACUGCAGGAGAGUUCCCAACCCUGACCAGAGGGACGGGGACGGGGACGGCGUGGGGGACGCCUGUGACAGCUGCCCCACGCUCAGCAACCCUGACCAGAAAGACACUGACCACGAUCUGGUGGGAGACGAAUGUGACACCAACCAAGACAGCGACGGGGACGGGCACCAGGACUCGAGGGACAACUGCCCCAUGGUGCCCAACAGCUCCCAGGUGGACACGGACGGGGACGGGCUGGGGGACGAGUGUGACGAGGAUGAUGAUGAUGAUGGCAUCCCCGACUUCAGACCCCCCGGCCCCGACAACUGCAGGCUGGUGCCCAACCCCGGCCAGGAGGACUCGGAUGGGGACGGCGUGGGGAACCUGUGUGAGGAUGACUUCGACAGGGACAUGGUGAUCGACAGGAUCGACGUCUGCCCCGAGAACGCCGAGGUGACGCUCACGGACUUCAGGGCCUUCCAGACCGUGGUGCUGGACCCCGAGGGGGACGCUCAGAUUGACCCCAACUGGAUCGUCCUCAACCAGGGCAUGGAGAUUGUCCAGACCAUGAACAGCGACCCUGGCCUGGCUGUAGGGUACACAGCCUUUAACGGGGUGGACUUCGAGGGCACCUUCCACGUCAACACGGCCACGGACGACGACUACGCCGGGUUCAUCUUUGGCUACCAGGACAGCUCCAGCUUCUACGUGGUGAUGUGGAAGCAGAUGGAACAGACCUACUGGCAGGCCAACCCCUUCCGGGCAGUGGCAGAGCCUGGCAUUCAGCUGAAGGCAGUGAAAUCCAAAACGGGCCCUGGGGAGUACCUGCGGAAUUCCCUGUGGCACACGGGAGACACCACGGACCAGGUGAAGCUGCUCUGGAAGGACCCCAGGAACUCGGGCUGGAAGGACAAGACCUCCUACCGCUGGUUCCUGCAGCACCGGCCCCAGGUCGGCUACAUCAGGGCUCGGUUCUAUGAGGGCCCCGAGGUCGUGGCAGACACUGGGGUUGUCCUGGACACCACCAUGAGAGGGGGACGCCUCGGGGUCUUCUGCUUCUCCCAGGAGAACAUCAUCUGGUCCAACCUCCGCUACCGCUGCAACGACACCAUCCCAGAGGACUACGAGACGUUCCGGUUCCAGCAGGACUGAUCCCCGCAGCGCCUCCCGCCCCAGCCGCGCUCGCCUCCCGCUCUGGAAUCCCGCCCCAAGCGCUGUCAGCGCCUCCCACCCCGCCCUCACCGCCUCCAGCUCCCCUUCCCCACAGCAAAUCCCUGAAAAUGUUACACAGAUCCUCUGGGAAGGGCCGAGGUGGAGACAGGGAGUGUGACCAGGAGCCCGAGCUGCCGCUCGGGCCGCGCUGGGAGCUCCCUGCAGCAGCUGGGAUGGUUGGAGUUCCUUGGGCGUGGAUGAUUCCCAGGAAUCUGCUCCCUGCUCCGAGGCUCCUCCUGAGUGUGAAUGUUGUUUUCCUUUUCAAGACCUGCUGCAAAGCAAACUCGGCAUGAGUCUGAGAGGGACGUGAGGAGCGGCCUCGGUUGCUCAUUUUAAUGAAUGAAAAAGCACUUUAAGGAGAGUAUCUUUGUUCUGGAAUGUUGGAAAAUAAACACUUGGAAUGCUGGAUAAUAAAUUCUAGAUUUCUCCUUGGUCA